AAAGAAAAAAAGAAAAACUAAAACUCCCCUCUUGUGCUUCGUCGCUUCUCCCCUCCGAAGUCCGAACACACCGGAACCGUCCGAGGAGGGGGGGUGGUAUUGGAGAAGGAGCAUCGUCGCCACACCGAGAUGAUCGUGUGCGUCGCCGUCGUGGGGAAUCAGAACAAUCCGGUGUACCUGCAGAGCUUCACGGAGGCCGACGACGCCCUGAAGCUCCAUCACAUCGUCCACUGCUCCUUGGACGUCAUCGACGAGCGAGUAAACAACCCUAAGAGAAGUGGGCCCACUCUGAACGAGACAUUUCUGGGUCUUCUAUAUCCAACUGAGAACUACAAAGUAUAUGGAUAUUUGACUAACACGAAGGUGAAGUUCAUUAUGGUUACAACUGAUCUAGACGUGAAAGAUGCGGAUGUAAGAAAUUUUUUCCGGAGGUUUCAUGCUGCGUAUGUAGAUGCUGUAUCCAACCCCUUUCAUGUUCCGGGGAAGAAGAUCACCUCGAAAAGUUUCGCCGAAAGAGUCAGCGUCAUCGUAAAGUCUUUUGGGUCAACCGCCGCAUGAUGAACGGCGAUUCUAUCAUGAUCCCCUCUUGCUAGAAAGUGUAUAAUCUGCAUGAAUUUCUCGUAAUUUGCAGUUUCCCCUGCACCAUAUUUAGUUUUAAUUGAUCGAUGGGUUAUCGAUCAGCCGCGAUGUGCAACUUGUCAUAUAUUCAGGUUUCUGUAUUCUAUUUCAGUUUUUUUUGUUUUGUUUGUAGGCAACUCGUGAUGCAAACUUAUUCUGGUGUAAUUUUUCGGUGCGAAGAAUCCUAAGCAACAUUUGCACAAACCAAUUUAUUACACUGAAUACAGCUUCUAAUUCCUUGCCC